AUGUCUAUUACAACGAAAAAACGUUUUGUUAUGAGGCAAGCAGAAAGUGAAUUAUUUCAACCAAAAGGAGUCGAAAUUGUCGCACGUGUUUUGAAAUCUCCAGGCAGAAAUCUUCAUGAAGUAGAAGAUGAAAAUGGCGCAAUUUAUUUGGUUAGUAUGCCUAGGAAAUUCAGAGAAACCAUAUAUGUCAAAAAGGAUAGUUUUAUUUUUGUCAUACCAAUCGAAGAAGGGGUCAAAGUGAAAGGAGAAAUCACUCAAAUUUUGGAUAAGGAAAGCGUUUUAUAUAUGAGAGAGCAGAAGAUUUGGCCAGCAAGAUUCGAAGAGUAUGCUAGAAGUAUAACUCGUGAAGCAAAAAGAGGGAUUUCAUCUGAUGCUGUCAGAAAACAUGAUGUUAUUGAUGAUGAUAUGUUACCACCCAGUGACACGGAUGAUAAUAUGGAUAGUGAACAAGAUUUGUGCCAAGAAUCAAUAAGUAAUGAUGAGUUGAGUUCUUCAGAAGAAGAUGAAGAAAAUGAACAGUCAGAAUCAGAAAAAAGUAGUGAAGAUGAAUCAGGCAGUGGUAAUCUCGCAUUCAAAGUAUGUAAUCCAAAUCGAAUGCGGCCUCUAUAG